AUGUCUGCCGAGAAUCAGUGGGAAGAACUUGAAGAUUUACCCCAACAAAAUAAGGAGGCUUCAGCGGAAAUUGACAAUGAUCUCCAAGACGGGAGCCACUCCGACGCUGACAAAGCCAAUGGUGAAGUAGGCGAAAUCCAAGAGACAUCUGAAUACCCAGUGGAGAAGGCUGAAGCCAAUAACCAACCGGAAUUUUGUGACCAAGAAGUACAGGAACCCAGGCCCCACCCUCCGGAAGAGGAGUACCCCGCAGAAGAACCAAAUACUUAUCCUGAAGAGGAGCCCCACAAUGAGGAAGUAAAUAAGCGUGAGGUGCCAGUGGAAGAGGGUGUUGUGCGUGGGGAGAACAAGGAAAGCAAUGAAGACGAAUUUCCACCUCACACACAGGAAGUUCAUCAUCUCGUCAAGCCAAGGAAAACGCCGCUUAAGAAACCAACUCGUUGGGAUCCUAUUGAGUACGAUUUGCGUGAAGACAGUGACGAUGAAUUUGAGAUGGCUACAGCAUUGCGCCCAGUCUAUGAGGAGGAAGAGGAAUUCGGGGUGCCCAAGUUCAAAAAUGGCGAGCCAGACUAUCAAGGUGAGUAUCUUUCCUGUUUUGAUGAGCCCAAUUUGUUGUACCGCAUUUUGAACCGCGAAGAAAAAACUUGGGCCUUUUACAAUGAUACUCGCCAUUAUGAAAUGCACGUGCGGUUCAUCUUUGGUAAGAACUCCGUGCUAGAGGCACUUGGAAAUACGAAAAUUCAUACUCGGUCCGAUGGUGAGCAUGUGGCUGAGGUCUUUGUUUACCCCGGAGAAACGGAAAUGUUCAUUAAGGGCAGGGUUAAUGGUUUCACAAGCAAGCUCCGCGCGGUUCCUUUGUCGGAGGAAUACCAUCAACGCCGUCAAGAAGUUGCUGAGGACGCCAUUCAACGUGAAGUGGCUCAGAUUAAGGCAAUUGUUGGGGAUGAGAGGAGUGCAGAGAAGGUUUUGGAGGCUUGUUUGGAGAAUAAUCUCCCUUUUGUGGACCUGGAGUUUCCACCCUGCCAGGCAUCAUUGGAUACUGGCGCGAAGAAGCCUUUCAAGCAUCUCCCUUGGGCACGACCCUCAUCUUACCUCCCCGACGAACUGCUGGAUCAAGUUCGCCUUUUCAGAGGUCCCAUUCGUCCCAGCAGUAUUGAUCAGGGAGAAUUGGGCGACGCUUGGUUGAUGUGUUCCAUUGCCGCGAUUUCAGAGAAUCCCCAAAGCAUUCUUAAAAUGUUCCGGCAUCCUGUAAGUGCUGAAAUAGGUAGAAAAGAGCGCGCUAUUGGUGCCUACCGUGUGACAUUCAACAAAAAUGGCCUCUGGCGCAGUGUUAUUGUUGACAACUACCUUCCAAUUUCCGGUGGUAAACCAAAGUAUGCAAAGAGCACUCAUGAUCUUGCAGAAAUAUGGCCUUCUAUCUUGGAAAAGGCAUUUGCCAAAUUGCACGGCAGUUAUGCGCACAUUUGCUCGGGCGAUCCACUUCACGCAAUUCAGGACCUGACGGGUUAUUCAUACUGCAGGUUUGAUGAUGCCUUUACCAAAGCUUCUCAAUCUGGCAAAGAUGAUCUUUUCCAGGACUGGCUAAAGUACAAUAAGGCUCACUAUCAAAUGAUGCUGAGCACCCCUGGCAAGGAUCCAAAUGAUAAGGGUUCGAGUGAUCCCAAAUUGGUUAAACUCUACCAGAGUGUGGGACUCAUCAGUGGACAUGCGUACACGGUUUUGGAUACGCAAUACUUUGCCGAUCAUGAGCUGCGUUUGGUGAAGUUGCGCAAUGCAUGGGGUCGGACCGCUGAGUGGAAUGGUGACUGGUGCGGUGAUGACGAAAAGUGGGAACAAUACCCAGACGUGGCUGAGGCUUGUAAAUUUCAGAAGGAUGAUAAUAGCGCCUUCUGGAUGUCAUGGGAAGCUUGUCUAUAUUACUUCAACGGUGGGGGCGUUUCCUUUUCCCAUCCGUCUCUCAACGAUUACCGUGUGCCCUCGAAAUUUGUGGAGUGCACGCCAUCUUGCGUUCUCGAAGUCAGCGUUGAGCAGCCCACAUGGAUAUGCUUUACAAUUUCUCAGCAGGACAGACGUGGACGCCAAGAUGCCGUUGAGUACCAGCCUGUAAUGUUGAGCAUUGCGCAACCCUUUGAAAAAGGGCUCUAUAAGGUUGUUCAAAACAGCUCUGCUGAUGCAUACAGUCCAAGUUGCGACAAGUGGAUUUUUUUGCAGGCUCGUGACGUCAGUCUGAUACACAAGUUCCUACCGGAACACUCGCCAUACCUCGUCAUACCUCGUCUCAUGUCAAUGACCGGGCAGGAGGGGGAAGUACCAUACGCGCUGGGAUUUUCUUGCAACAGGGUUGUUGGACACGAUGGCGUGACCGUCCAAUUCAAGGCUCUUGACAAGGAGAAUAAAGUGAUGCACAACUUUCCCAAAUUUGAUCCUGAGGCCACACCUGUCGUGGUGGACUACCAAGUAAAGUCACCCCACAAGGGGUACCCAGAGAUGAAGCAGGGCCAGACGGUGUAUUAA